UCGCGAGGUGAAUAUGCUUUGUUACCUGUCACAUGCACGGUAAGGUUCACUUCCACCCCUGAUCAUCUCAUGACAACACCUUCUUGCACUUUGCACUUCUUCUCACCACACAACAUACCCGCAUCAUCAGAACUCACCAGACAAUCCCAUCUCAUCGAUCCAACACAUCACAACAGCAUCCAAAGAUGGCAGACAAACUCGCCGAGAAGGACUUCACCCCGCGCGAGAUGGAAAUCAUGGCCAAAGCAUGGAGCUGCAUGGUCGAAGAGCCAAAGGUCGACUACAACAAACUCGCUGAAUCCUGCGGCAUGACCAACCCCCGCUCCGCCUCGAACGCCUGGGCCAGCAUCAAGAAGAAAAUCCUGGCCAAAGGCGGGAUUACUGCCGGCAACGAAGAUGGCACCCCGAAAGCCACGCCGAAAGCCACGCCGAAGCGCAAGAAGGGUGCCAAAGCGGAUGCUGGGGAUGACGAGGAGUCGCCUACGAAGAAGGUCAAGGGUGGCAAGGGCAAGGGGAAGAAGUCUGAGGCGAAGGUUAAGGAGGACGGCGGGGUGGUGGUCAAGGAGGAGGUUGAUGGUGAGGGCGACGACGGAGAGGAUGGCGAGGAUGCCAACGGCUUUCACUGAGGUGCUGUUGUCUCUUUGCUGAGAUGGAGGUCCAUUCGGACUGCCUGCUCGAGCGACGAGAGAUCCUUCUACUACGAUACUGAGA